CACACCAUCCGAAAUGUAGUGGAAGUAAAAAGGUUGAACACACAACAAAUAAAGAAUGGCAACCUUAGAAAACAAGCUUCAAGAAGCAGCAAUGUCAGGCAACCUAGAAAAGAUAAUAGAACUGCUUCAACAAUCCCUUCGUCUUAUCGAUACAGUCGGACCCGAUAAUCCACCGCCUCACGAUUUCGCCAAUUUCCCUGACCGGAUUCUUCAACAGAAGCCUCACCUGACUCGAGUGUUGGACUCAAAGGGAUCAUGCCCCCUUCACUUAGCAGCUGCAGAGGGCCAUGUCGAAAUAGUGAGGCUUUUGCUGCAAGUCGACUCUCAUACGUGUUUGUUUCGCAAUGCAGAUGGCUGGAAUCCUCUUCAACUUGCUGCCAUAAAUGGCCAUGUUGAUGUCUUGAAAGAGCUCGUUCGUGAAAGGCCGGAUGCUGCUCGAGCUCGAACGGUUGUCGACGGUGGGGGAAACGCCUUGCAUUUGUGUGUGAAGAACAACCAGUUGGAAGCUUUGAAGGUGUUGGUUGUUGAUGCUGUAGGUUUUAUUAAUGAAAAGGAUGAUUUUGGAUGCUCUAUACUUCAAUUAGCUGUCUCUAACAAACAGACUGAGACGAUAAAAUUUUUGGUGAACACAAAUGGAAUGGAACUAAAUGACCUGUUCCAGAGCAACAAAGAAGAAAACGCCUCGACCACAGGGGAGGUACCCGGCGCCAUAGUGCCAUCGCCCACCAGCCAUUUUGACAGGAAAAAUAGCUUCAGCAAGCAGCAGAAGAUGAGACAGAGAGAGGCACUAAUGGUGGUGGCGUCGGUAGUGGCGACGAUGGCAUUUCAGGCUGCCAUCAACCCUCCUAAUGGCUUAUGGAAGGAUGCAGAAAAAUCGACGAUACACCCUCAUCGAUUCGUGGCCUUCGUUUCUUCCAUCACUUUCAGUUUUGUGUUCUCCAUUAUUGAAUUAUUUUUGCUCGUUAGUGAUUAUCCCUCCACCAUUCCUCUUUUCUUGAGAUUUCUUUGGCUUGCAAAGAUCUUGUCCAUUGGAGGCAUGGCUGUGGCAUAUUUGAUUGCAAUUAUGUGUUUGUCUUAAUUAACUUAACAUUGAAUUAUUACUACUUUUUAUGUUGCCUAAAUAGAGGUACGUGCAUGAUACUUGAA